AUGCCGCCCGGCUCGGGGACCCUCGUGCAGGUCUGGGUGGGCGGCCAGCUCUUCCAGGCUGACCGGGCUCUGUUGGUGGAACACUGCGGCUUCUUCCGAGGCCUCUUCCGCUCGGGCAUGCGGGAGACACGGGCGGCCGAGGUGCGCCUGGGCGCGCUGAGCCCGGGCGGCUUCCACACCACGCUCCAGGUGCUGCGCGGAGAGCGGCCGGCGCUGGCAGCCACCGACGAACUGCUGCAGGCUGUGGAGUGCGCCGCCUUCUUGCAGGCGCCGGCGCUGGCGCGCUUCCUGGAGCACAGCCUCACGUCGGACAACUGUGCGUUGCUGUGCGACGCGGCCGCCGCCUUCGGCCUGCACGAUUUGUUCCACAGCGCCGCGAUCUUCAUCCGCGACGGCGCGCGCGAGCUGGUGGCCGAGCUGGCGCUACCGGAGGCCUGUGCCUAUGUGGCGACGCUGCGGCCCAGCAGCUACGUGGCCGUGAGCACUCACACCCCUGCGCCCGGCUUCCUGGAAGACCCGUCGCGCACGGUGUGCUACCUGGACGAGGAGGAGAACGCGUGGCACACGCUGGCCGCGCUGCCUCUGGAAGCGAGCACGCUGCUGGCGGGCGUGGCCACGCUGGGCAACAAGCUCUAUAUCGUGGGGGGCGUGCGGGGCGCCAGCAAGGAGGUGGUGGAGCUGGGCUUCUGCUACGACCCCGAUGGUGGCACGUGGCGCGAGUUCCCCAGCCCGCACCAACCGCGCUACGACUUGGCGCUGGCCGGCUUUGACGGCCGCCUCUACGCCAUCGGCGGCGAGCUCCAGAGGGUGCCCAUGAGCUCCGUGGAGCGUUUCGACCCGGCCGCGGGCUGCUGGAGCUUCGUGGCCGACCUGCCGCAGCCGGCCGCCGGCGUGCCCUGUGCCCAGGCGCGCGGCCGCCUCUUCGUGUGCCUGUGGCGGCCCGCCGACACCACAGCCGUGGUGGAGUACGCGACGCGGGCCGACACUUGGCUGCCCGUGGCCGAGCUGCGGCGGCCGCAGAGCUACGGCCAUUGCAUGGUGGCUCACCGCGACAGUCUAUAUGUGGUGCGCAACGGACCUUCCGACGACUUCCUACACUGCGCCAUCGACUGCCUCAACCUGGCCACGGGCCAAUGGACGGCGCUGCCCGGCCAGUUCGUCAACAGCAAGGGGGCGCUCUUUACCGCCGUGGUGCGCGGCGACACUGUCUAUACAGUCAACCGCAUGUUCACGCUGCUCUACGCCAUCGAGGGCGGCAACUGGCGGCUGCUGAGGGAGAAGGCCGGCUUUCCCCGGCCUGGCUCAUUGCAGACGGUUCUCCUGAGGCUGCCCUCUGGCGUCCUGGGGCCUGUGGCCUCGACGACGCCGGAACAGUGA